AACGACGGCCGCUCUUCAGCAGAGCAUAUUUAUUUACUGGGCACUUUAGACAAUUGAUGGAAGACACCGUCAAACCAACCAUGUCAUUCUUAUCUCAGUUCCACCUCCUACUGGAGAUCUCUUGUUCAUCUCGUUUGACCAACCAAUUCUCAUUGAGCAAAGAUCGCUGACACAUAACAGACUCACGUUCCCCCAUGGGGCUCCGCGAGUCUUUUUUUCUUCCGUGCAAGAUAACGAGACGAGCGUUUUUUUUUUUUACAAGGUCUCCACGGAAGAUAAACAUCUGGAGACUUUGGGCUUGGCGGAUGUAUAUAAGAUUUCGUAUCGCCCGAUGUUGAGUUGAGGUUGGUCUUUAUCUCGUCAAACUGUCGCUGAUCAUAACCCGCCAUUAUACAUCUUCUUACCUCGCAUUGAGGUUUUAUUACUGACUGCUAUUAUCUUAUUCGGGGCUGAGAGCUUUGAAUCAGCAGACAGAACUUAGCUACUAUUUUGUUUCAUUGAAUAUGGGCGCUGAAGACAAGACGACAAAGACUCAGCCUGAGAUGGCUCAGCCGGAGCAUCACCGCCCUGCAUCCAUUCGCGGCAUCGACGGCGAUGAAAUCAACACUAUCAACGAUGGCGGCGACAUCAUGAACUCCAAGGAGCAAUCCGACGAGCCUGUUCAAAACAUCUUCAACCAAGGCGGCAAGAACUACAGAACACUCGGCAAAUGGGACACAGUCUUCGUCCUCGUCACCAACCAAGUCGGACUUGGUGUAUUAUCACUCCCAGGAUGCCUUAAAGUCCUCGGAGUCGUGCCGGGCGUCAUUGCGAUCAUUGGCCUCGGUUCCCUCUCUGCCUAUACUGCAUAUGAACUCCUCCAGUUUUAUAGAAAGUAUCCCCAUGUCGUCAACGUUGUUGAUAUGUGCGGUAUCAUCGGUGGUCGACCGCUUGAGAUCAUUGCGGGUAUUGGUUUGAUGAUCAAGGUCAUGAUGACCUGUGCAUCUGCCAGUGUAACGUUAUCAGUUGCGUUCAACACCCUGAGUAACCAUGCCUUCUGUACCGUCAGCUUCGUCAUCAUCGCCGUCGUUGCUUGUUGGGCCUUAUGCCUCCCGAGAACCGUCAAAUUCGUCUCGCAAUCUGGUAUCCCCUCUACACUCAGUAUUCUAGCCGCUGCCCUUACCGUCAUGAUCAGCUUGGGUAUCGAUACUCCAUCUCAGGCCCCUCCAGGAUGGGAUCGCGAAAUUCAGGUUAUUGGCAACCCAACUUUCCGACAAGGCCUCAACGCUUGUCUCAAGAUCUGCUACGCCUAUGCCGGAAACAUCAGCUUCGUCUCAUACAUGGCCGAGAUGAAGAACCCUAGUCGUGAUUUCCCCAUGGCCUUGGCCUGCCUUGAGGUCUUCUCCAUUACCCUUUACACAAUCGUCGCCGUGGCCAUCUAUUGUCUGGCUGGGGACUUCACGACCUCUCCAGCUCUUGGAUCCGCGCCCCGAAUCGCCGCCAAGGUCGCCUACGGACUCGUGCUUCCUUGUGUGUUCGCAACAGCUAUGGCUUUCGGUCAUACCGGCAUCAAGUACAUGUAUGUUGUCGCCAUGCGAUCAAUUAAGGCUACCCACCAAGUCACAGACCGAAGCUUCAAGUCUUGGGGCAUCUGGGUUGCCUGUGUGACCCUUUACUGGAUCAUUGUCUUUGUCAUUUCCAACGCCAUCCCCAUUUUCGACUCCAUCCUCUCCAUCUCCUCCGCCACCACGAUCGCCUGGUUCACCUUUGGUCUCAGUGCCAUCUUCUGGUUUCACAUUAAUAAGGGCCAGUAUACCAAGAACUGGAAGAAGAUUGCCCUUUGCAUCAUUAACGGAAUGCUUAUUGUUCAGUCGUUGUUCAUGAACGGUGGAGGCUUAUGGUCUUCUAUCACCGAAUUAUUGAACAUCUUUGAGAACGAUAAGAGCUCUAUUCGUGGCGUCUUCUCAUGCGGUGACAACUCCAUUUAGAUACCAAAGUCAAGAACUUUAUAGACAUAGAUAUUACGCAGCAAGUAUAUAGCGAUUGAAUGAUACAUGAUGAUAUUUUUACUACUUCUUCUAAUUAGAGGUUUAACUGAUCAAUUGAUAAUUACGGAUG